GAGAGCGAGAGUGAGAGGAGAGCGUCGUCUACACAGUAGUCCUAUCCCUUGUGAGUGUACUGGCUAGCUUUCUCCCUCUCAGUGUGGUUGUUUUUGUGUUAAGCUCUCCUGUACGUGCCGCCUAAAGUACUCAUGUCCCAGAAUAUUGCUGCAAUGCUCCGCCUGAGAGUCAAAACCAGAGAUGGGAAGCAAUACCCUUUGACAGAGUGUCUUUGUGGGGACAGCACCCUGAAGGACCUGCUCUUAGCAGUGCAAGUCAUAACACUGAUUCUUCCCAUCAGACAGAAGAUCUUGACAGGAUACCCUCCAAAGGUUAUCCGAGGAAGUCCUGAGAGCACUCUGAGCAGCUUAGGUAUCCAAGGUGGAGAGCUCCUCAUUGUGGAGGAGGCAGACCCCUCAACCAAUGUGACCUGUAUGGUGCAGGAGUCACUACCACCAAGUUCCCAUAUGAAAAAUGCAAACAUUUCAAACUUGAAUGUCAAUCGUGAUGCAUCACUUCCACUGAAAGCUAAGCCAGAAAACGCCAAUGUUGAUGCUGGGCUUCCCUUCAAGUGUCCUACUGGGAUGCUGCUGAAAAAAGUUGUUCCCUCAGAUAAUUCUUGUCUAUUUGCAAGUGUAUAUUAUCUCAUUAAUGGAGGUGAAUCAAUAGAUUCAAAUAGACUACAAGAGAUGCGGGAGCUAGUAGCCAAUGUAAUCAGGAGCAAGCCAGACCUGUACAAUGAGGCAGUUUUAGAACGUUCCAAUAGCAAUUACUGUGAAUGGAUUUUAAAAGAUACUUCCUGGGGAGGAGCCAUUGAACUAUCAAUUUUCAGCCAGUAUUACGAAAUAGAAAUUGUUGCCUUAGAUUUAAAAACUGGCAUCUUAAACAGAUUUGGUGAAGACAAGAAGUAUGACCACAGAAUGAUUGUCCUCUAUGAUGGUGUCCAUUAUGAUCCUGUAUAUAUGGAGACUUUUGAGGGGAACAACAUUUAUAUCUUCCCCACAACAGAUGACUCAGUGUUGCACCAAGCCAAAGAGGUGGCCAUGGAGGCCAAGCACAGUGGCCAGUACACUGACACCAACACCUUCCGCCUUGAGUGUAAGGAGUGUGGCGUCACUAUUACAGGGGAGGAUGAGGCACUGGCACAUGCCAAAAAGACAGGUCAUAGCAAGUUUGAGGAGAUUCAUCGUAAUUGAUGUUAAUGUAGCUUUAGUUUAUUUGUAUGCCGAACUUAUUUAUAAAACAUUUUUCAUGCCAUUUUAUGUGUAAUAUUUUUAAGUGUCUUUCAUGUAAAUAUUUUUAAGAGAGCCACCUCUGCAUUUGGUUUUAACAUUUGAAAUAAUCACUUUGGUUGCAUUGUUUCCUAUGAAGACUAAUCCUGAAGAGUAAUAUCUAAUACAUUUAGAAUAAAUCACUAUUUCAGAAAUGCACAGUGAACAGUUAAACUAGAAUGAAGUUUUGUGGUUUUCUGUGUUGAAUUUUCAUAUGAUGAAAUAUGAAGAACAAAGGAAUGGCAAUAAGGUCAUAGUACUCGUACUUGUGGAUUUGAAUUUAAAAAAUUUAUUGAAUAUUGAUGCUCAUGAGAAAUAAAAUGUGAAACCGUAUGGAUGCCAACCAGUGCUGGGCACUUCCGCUAAUUAGUCCACAAAUCUGCGAUAGUGGAAGUUCCAUUUCAUUUGCAGAUUUUUGUUUAGAACAAGAAGGUCACUAAUUUGUGGAUUAGCAUUUGUGGUAUUACUUCUGCUGACCUCUGCAAACAUAUGGAGGAGCCAGUCCUAUCAGUGUGCCUAUCCUUGCUAAAGGCUAGUUUACACGAGGCAAGUAGAGAUUCAAGUCAAGUGUGCAAGUAACUUGCUACAAGUUACUUGCCCUGUGUAAACAUCUACUUGAAGUACAAAUUUUGUCAAGUCAAGUAAGAGGCAUCUUGCCAGUCAUGCUUCUAGGUAAGGCAGGUGACUAUCCAGCAGUUCUGUUUUAAGGCAAGUUGCCUACCAAUCACUACUGACUUCACCUGUAAUGAUUACAAAUCGUCCAUACUUGAAGUAGCAUUAGCAUAUGUAUGGUCAAUGCUGGUCAUGAAAAUAUAGUUUUCUUUAUACUCUAGGUCUUUAAAAAACAAAAAUUGAAACUUUGAAUGUCUAGCUACAGCAUUACAUUGCAAAUAGAGUGAAAAGAGAUUUGAGAGCUAUUGAUAAUAGAAUUUUUGUUUGUAGUUUGCAUUUGUGGUGUCAAGCUUUGUGGUGGAAAGCUGCAAAUAUUGUGUAGCUAUUUGCAGUUCUGAUUUAAACUAAAUCUCAAAAUUUGUGGAAUUGUCAUUACAAAAGUUAUGGAAUAAGUUAGUGGAUUUGUGAUAGCGGAAGUUCAAAUUCAUUAGUAAUGCCCAGCUCUGAUGCCAACCAUUUGGGUGCAUGAUAUUCAACUUGCAUAAUUGAGCUGAUCUAUAGACAAAGUCUAAAGGGUAUAUUUUUCUUGUCUGAUCUAUAUGUAUAUGGCGUGGAAGCUUUUGCAAUCCUUAAAAUUUUAGCAAUGAUACUUUAAAAAGUUUCAUUUCAAAUUUGUUCAGGUUUUAAAGGGAUAAGGAUACAGUAGCUGUAGACUUUCUCCUCUGUAGUGUUCUAGGCAUUCAUAAGUUGCAGGCUGCUCAUAUUAUGAUCUCUAAAUAUAAUUUUAACACUCUUAUUUCCUAGUGGACUGUGUACAGGCUUUCCUGGACAUAGCUAGCUCAAUACUGAUGGUACUCACUUCCAUGUUCCUUUAACUUUAUGAAUAAUGCAUGCACAUGCAUCAACAUGGUAGUCACACUAUCCUCCCCUUUGUUUUUUAUUCCCCAUGGCCAGUGACUCAGAGAUCAUAACCUCUCUUCUCUUCUGGCCCUUUUAAGUGCCUCAGGAUUUAGGAAUUAAUAUUUUGCUCUCAAGGUUGCACAUGUUGGACAGUGCUGGCAGUUGUUCUCUCUCACUCAAUGGCUUACUGAAAGAAUUCUCUUUUUGGUGUCCUGGAAGUGGCAGAACCAAGUCUUGUAAUGAAACAGGUGGUCAGUUUUUCUACUUAUCAGAAACUCUAUAGUGGGGCACUCCAUGAAUGCAGAAGCUAAAAAUUCAGUGACUCUCUCUCUCUCUCUCUCUCUCUCUCUCUCUCUCUCUCUCUCUCUCUCUCUCUCUCUCUCUCUCUCUCUCUCUC